UACGUCACUUCCUUUGUGUCGUACUUCCGGUAUAGAUUAUCACAUCCAUGCUCCUGAGACGGUGAAUUGUGAACAGAACCAGACCCAGUUAAACCAACGCGACCAUGUUCAAACUGGAAGGACUCGGGCCUAAGAUGGACCCAGAGGAGAUGAAGAAGAAAAUGCGACAAGAUGUCGUCUCAUCUGUACGAAACUUCCUUAUUUACGUCGCCCUUCUCAGAGCCACCCCAUAUGUUUUAAAGAAGCUGGACAGCAUAUGAGCGGAGCAUCAGGUUUCUUCUUCCACCAUCCACUGAGAGUUUACUCCAUCAGAGGCCGUAUGGAUCAUCAUCAGCAGACAACUGGAGCCAAUUGUGUUGGAGACGACCAGUGUCUGUCCAUCACUGCACCCCCGAGGAAACACCUUUGUUCUCAUUUCAACUGUCCUAUUCCUUUUUGUAAACUUUAGUUUUCCUUUUUUGUUCAACAAAUUGUCAUUUUUCUUAAAUGCAAAGUUUAAGAGUGUGUAUGCUUGCCGUGUUCGCACAUUAAAAAGAAUCCAUGUC